AUGGCUUUGAACACACAAUUUGAAAUUUUUGACAUCGAACUUUUUAUCACGGAAAUAAAGAAGUACCCUGAAAUUUGGAAUUUGAGUUGUGAGUCAUAUCAUGACAGGGUAAAAAAACGAUCGGCUUGGAUUAAUAUUUGCCGUGAAUUUUGCGAGGGAUUUGAUGAGAAAGGAGAUACAAUCAAAAAUGAAAUAAACAAUGCAUUAGUUAAGAAAUGGAGAAAUAUUAAAGAUACAUAUUUAAAAACUUUAAAGAAACCUAAGUCUGGAUCAGGUUUUAACAAAGGGCGACAAUAUUUAUAUGCAAGACAGUUAUCAUUUCUACAACAAACUUGCCUCGUUCCUGAAACUGAAUCUAGUCUGAAUUCCGAACAGCUUAUGAGUGAUGUAGAUAAUGAGGAAUUAACCACAGAAACAGAAUUAGAAUGUGGUCAGAAUGAUUCAACUCCUAAUAACAGUGUCAGCCAUAAGCGCCCGCGAAAACAUGACUUGGAAUCAAGUCUAUUAGCUUUUAUGAACGCGCCGAUACCUUCUCCUACAACUAAAGAAAUACAAGCUAAUCCAAAUUAG